GGUAUUUGAUACUGACGUCUAUACAAUAACGAAUUCGUUCAUCUAAUUACCGAUAGGACAACAUCAAAGGCAUAGCUAGAUAAAGAUAAGUGGUCUUUAAUAUCUGUGUGAUUUAAAUUUAUUAUGGCGAACCCAAAAAAUUUACUGAAAUUUGACCACUAUUAAAUAUUAUUGUGGAGUCAAGUAAGCGAGAAUUCUGAUUUAUUUAAAAUUUAUUACAAACGAACAAAGGGUUGUUUUGUUACGAACAGUUUACGUUGCGGUAGAAUAUUUUGUCUGGACUCUGGUAGACAGGUUACAUUAUUACAUAAACCCAACAUUAAUAAAAAAAACUAUAACAUUACAAAUCUAUAAUUUGCAUUUACAUGAACCAAAUCAGAAUAGAAUAAUUUUAUUAUGACGAUGGAAGUAUAAACUAAUUUGACAACAAAGCUGCGCAGUUUUUGAUAUUUUUUGUCUGCAUGUUAUGAAUUUAGACAGUUCAGUCGUUCAGUCGCAGUUGUAGACCUAUCAGUGCUAUCACAAAAAUCUUAUAGUGGCGCAACAGUUUUUGUGACGUGACUCAGACGAAAUCUGUUAUCGCUGUUAUCAACAAAUUUUUGGUCUUCAAAGGAAGACAGUAAAAAUUAUCCUUCACUCCUUCAGUGAAAUCGUAGAAAAAUAAUUACUAUGAAGUUACUUAACUCGAUUCCCUGCUUCACACUACAUUCCAUAUCAAUUAUUUUAGUUAUUUUCCUUCUGCCUUUUGUUAUCACACAAACUUGGGACCAAGAAUUUGACAAUCAUAAUGUCCUGAUUCAAAAUUUUCAUAAAAAUGUAUCUUGUGCUGCAAAUGAGUACCCACCAUCCAACAGUGACAGGGUUCCAACCUACAUUAUUAAUCUAGAUUUGCCACCUCGGCUGAGAUGGAGUCAACUUAUGGUUGAUAAAAAAGAAUUUACAUUGAACCUACUGCAAGAUAUAAAAAACUAUACUGAAUCAUUCUUCAAAGGAAAGCUUUUUCCUUUGGUUGACAAAUAUCUUCCAUUGGUGGCUGAAACUCUUCCAGAACCAUACCUUAGUGAACUCAAGGGCAUUGCAGAAAUCGCUGGCAUUGAGUUGGGAGAAAUCACUCUGUACAACAUCUUCUAUGAAGUUUUUACACUUUGCACCUCAGUGAUAUCCCAAGGUGCAGAUGGGAAAAUUUACCAUGGCAGGAAUUUAGAUUUCGGGUUAUUCUUGGGGUGGGAUGUUAAAAACCAUACCUGGUUAACAACGGAAGCCCUUCGGCCAUUAGUGGUAGAGCUUGACUUCCAACGUGGUGGACAAACUGUCUACAAAUCUGUCAACUUUGCCGGAUACGUAGGAGUGUUGACUGGUAUGAAACCGCAACAGUUUACGUUGACCUUGGAUGAGCGCUUUAGCAUGGAAGGCGGGUUUGUGGGCAUCAUCCGGUGGCUUUUAGGCGACCGGUCUGCUAACUGGGCAGGUUUCCUAAUGAGAGAUGUUUUGGAAAAGGCCGACAGCUAUCACCAAGCUCUCUCUACACUGACAACCAGUAAAUUGUUGGCCCCUGUUUAUUUUAUCCUGGCAGGAAACGCCUCAGAUCAGGGUGUUAUAAUUACAAGAGGACGAAUCGAAGCGGACGUCCUGUUUAUGGGUCGAGGUAGCGUCAGUCAGGUAUCAACGUGGUUUCUUGUGGAGACUAACUACGAUCACUGGAACCAACCUCCAUUCUUCGAUGAUCGGCGCACACCAGCGAUUCAAUGUUUAGACAAGAUGGGUCGAGAAACAGCAUCCCUCUCGGGAAUCUUCAACGUGCUAUCCACCAAACCCGUCUUUAAUAAGUUGACUACUUAUACUUGCCUCAUGGAUGUUUCGACUGGCCAGUUUGAAUCAUGGAUUCGUGUUUGUCCUGAACCUUGUAAACCUUGGUGAUAACAGUUAAGUCAAAUUUAAAACAGUUAUAGUCAAUGGUUGAAUUCACAUUCCCACCCUUUGUUCUAAAAAAAACUGGAAACCAAAUAUCGUUCGUUUGUACCUACGUUACGUUAAUGUGUUAGUCCAUUAUGUUUUCUUAAGUCGCGUAAAUUUGAAAGUAUUAAUCAAUAAUCUUGUCAUUAUCUGUGUUAAAGGGAUGACCAAUACAAACAAUCUAGCUUU